AUGACUUCAUCUCCUUCGCCUCCACGAACUGGAACUGGCACAAAUUGCGACUCUUCCCACACUUAUGAUUCUGGUCAUACGCUGAGCAGCUCUGUUGCGAGUCGAUCUGCCCGCCUGCGCCCUCCUCGGUCCUUACCACCAUGGAUUAAUUCUUACGAUGGUGAGCGUGGCUCGCCAAGCGACGAUCAACUACGACUUCUUCAACCUCCUACGCGUGCUGUCCCCCCUCAACACAACUCAUUACCAAGCGACCCUCAGAGACGGAUCUCCAAAGAUGGCUUCAUCGACCCGCAAGAUCCCCUUCUCGGCCAAGGACAGGAAACAAGAGGCAAAAUUCCUCAUUUUAUGCGCUAUGGGCGCGCCUCGAUGCGUGGUAGGAAAUGGGACCAUUUGAGAUCUUCAGAGCCUGUCAUUGUGCCCGGACACAAACCAUCUGUGACCUCGCAGCCAAGUGUGGCAUGGCAAGACUUUGUUCAAUCAUCCUCCUGGGGCCGCAUGACAAACGAGGACUCGAAAGUGAUGGACAUUGAGGCUCUCCGGAACUUGCAACCGAAUUUUGACACGCCAUCCCGCCACCCGUACAACGCUGAAGAAGCCAGAAUAUCUCGGAAGAGGAAGACCCUUGCCCCAUAUAAACGUAUCUGGUAUAUGGCCAUCCGCCAUUCUCUCGCCCCUCUGGUGUUUAGACUGAGCGUCAUGGUCACCUCGAUUAUUGCACUCGGUGUUGCAGCACGGAUACAUCUCCUCGAAGACGUCGAUAGUUCGGACUCGGCCGAGGAGACACAAUCCAUCGUUGCCGUUGCCGUAGACUGCGUGGCCAUCCCAUACAUUGGAUACAUGAUCUGGGACGAAUAUACAGGAAAGCCACUUGGUUUACGAUCAGUGGUCUCCAAGAUAUCCCUGAUCCUGCUUGACCUCUUUUUCAUCAUCUUCAAAUCUGCGAGUACGGCACUCGCAUUCGAGAGCCUUGUUUACCAUAACCUGUCCGAUCCUGCAGUGCGGAACCUGUCUAAGGCUCUGGCAGCAUUUAUGCUAUUAGGGUUGAUUGCUUGGUCGAUGAACUUUGCAGUCAACAUAUUCCGUACUGUGGAGCGUCUAGGGGGAGGUGAGGAUGAUGGCGGACAUGGUUAG